AUCCUGUACCCAAGCACAACAAUCUUGAGGUUCUCUGGCCAAUCGCAUUACUCUAGGUUGUUUACAUUCAAAUCUCACAAUGGCCGUGUCAAGGUUGCUCUCACGGAGUCACCUUCUCUGUCGUGCGAGCGCUCCGUGCAUACGCGCCAUUCCCUCAGCAAUCCCAUCAAUCACUUCAUCAUUGCCAAGGAGAACCUUUACUUCCAGUAUAUCGGCAUGGGAAGAGAUUGUCCAUACACCUUCAAGAGGCCCAGAGAUUGCUCUCACAGAUGACCGUACCGCUUCAGCUGGUAACACGGCAAAUUCCAUUGUUUUGCUAAAGCUUUCGAAGCGACUAUCAAGAGGAAACAUUGAAGAGUUUUUGCGGGAAAACGGUUUCAUCAUAAAAAAGUUGCAAAUGCGAGUAGAUCGCUUCACAUUCCACAAUGACACCAUGUGCUUUGUGGAGCUAGGAAGCCCUGAAGAAGUCCAGAGAGCAAUCAAGAAGCUUGAUCAAGCAAAAUUACAAAAUAAGAGCAUCGUAGUCCAGCCUUUGAAAGCUGACUUUCAGUGGGGGCAUCUGAAGACCUCAAAGAACUCGCCCUAUGUAUCUCGCUUCUUCAACGACGAAGGUGAUGCUGCGCAAGAGGCUCUCCGCCCCUUGGCCGAAGGACGCCGGAUGAUGCUUUCAGUCAAAACACCGGGCUGGUCGCCUAAUGCCAAGGUCAGCGAAGCCAGAAACAACGCAGCGAAGAUCAUUGAGGAAAACUUUGGCAAAUACGGUGUUGAGAGCCUCAGCGAUAUGGCAGUGUUCUUUGGCGACAAAAAGCAAAACCCACGCCUGCUGGGCUGGAUCGACUUCAAGACGAAAGAAGGUGCUGAGCAAGCGGCAGCGGAGAAGCAUAACACAGAAAUCAAUGGCCGGCUCGUGUGGCUACAGGCAGCCAACCCCUCCAAGUGGAGAGUAGAGCAGUACUCGAAGUCUGCCCCGCAGUUGGUGCAGGAAAUGCAGGAGAAGGGUACGGUGUCGAAGGAAAUGGAUGAGGACAAGUUUGUCACUCCACUCCCGAAAAAACAAUCCAAUUAGACGGCAGGAAAGGUUGACAAAGCCUUUUUCUCUAUACUCUGUCACAUGGCAUUUCGACAAUCCAAAAGCGUACUAUUAGUAUGGAUCGGGAAUUCUAUGUACUUGUACUCAAAAAGCAUGCGCUAAGCUCUGCUCUACCUUACACAACCCAAAAAAGACGGUAAAUUCUAUUUCACCUAGGCAGCUAGAUAAGAGAAGUAUCAUGCAGGAAGAAUAGUACAUGUUUGAAACGGGACUCUGAAUCAUACACCAACACCAAU